GCGAAUGUGUUAAGAUAUGAUGCCCCAUCCGCGUACGUUUCACUAGGUGAGUUUUUACAAAAGGACACUCUGUCAAGUCAGUAUUCAUUUUGUUAACUAUUCGACAAUGAUUAUUUUACAACAGUUUAUAUAAUGCAGAAAUUAAUUAUUGAUUCCCACCUCUACUGCAGCCAUUGUACAAUGUAGUUUGCUUGAGAGCGUUGAGACCACAUUCCAUACAUAUUUCUAUGUCUGCAAAAGCAACUUGCAGCGAAACAAAGAAACCGGUCUUGUAGCACCUGGUGAUGCAGUUUAUCGAUGCAACAUUCCAUUCGAACAAAGAAACAGGUAAAGUAGCGUGGGUUACCACCUCCAACUGUUAGUCGGCGUGGGUACAAGUUCCACAUUGCCUGUUAGUAUAAAUAUCAUACCCCGCCUUUACUGUUCAGUUUAUAUCUACAAGUUUACGCAGUGCAAACAAUGGCAGACAAUCCAAAAAACGUAUUAAGUUUAAAACAUCGCGAAAGUGAUGACGAAUUGACCGAUGACGAAUGGGUGCCAUCGUUCGAUCGGAGAGUGGACCAAAAUUUUAUUACCAACCGGGCCAACCAAGCAGUGCAGGAAAUAAUUAUUUUGAGCGACACAGUUUCCUCCGACAGAACCAUACGCCAGGAUAUAUCAGUGUCUUCGUUGCAAACAUCCAUCGUCGAGGGGCCUUUGGCAGCCUCUCCGCAGAAAAAGCGUGCUGGGAGCCCGAUUUUAGCGUCCAGCAGCACUUCGGUGGUACGCUCUAGCGACGAGGGACCUUCGGCAGCAUCUCCUCCGAAAAAGCGUGUUACGACUCCGAUCUUGGCAUCUAGCAGCACUUCGGUGGAGCGCUCCAUCGACGAGGGAACUUCACCACAAUUUCCAAAAAGUCGUGUUGAAAUCUUGGCCUCCAGCAGCACAUCGAUGGGACGCCCCGUCGACGAUGAGGGUCCAACCUUCCGCCCAACGAUCACAUCAACUCCAAGACAAAAUUGUAUUGAAAUCUUGGCCUCCAGCAGCACAUCGAUGGGACGCCCUGUCGACGAUGAGGGUCCAACCUUCCGCCCAACGAUCACAUCAACUCCAAGACGAAAUGACGGGCUGGAUGAUGUUGUUGAGUCGAUAAGGGCGAAAGCGGCCCUACAACACAUCCAGCUUGAAGAGUUCAAAAACAUCUGGUACGGCGAUUUUAAACAGUACGUGAGGCGAAAAGAAGCCGAGUUUAUUAAUGAGGUGAGAUUUAGAAGACAAACAACUAUCCAAAAUUUAGAGAAAAUUAACGAAUAUCGCAAAGUACUGGAUGAAAUCGCCGAGGAGUUGACGGUAGACAUUAACAAUAUGAAUGCCACCAUGGCAUAUAUGGAUGGUUUUGCGGAAGGGUUACCAGAGAAGAUGUUCAACUUACCGAAUGCUCCUCGACCCCGACCUCCCUCGGAUUGACUGAACGUGAUAGACUUUUUAAUGUUAGUGU